AUGACUUCUAUCCCGCCUGAUUGGGCCACUCACAAGGACUUGCUCAGUCACCUGUACCGCGAUCAGAAUUGGUCCCAGGCAUCUGUUGCAAAGCACAUGGAAACCCACCAUGGUGCAGGUCAAUACGAACGUCAAUUCAGAAAAUGGGGAUGGAGGAAGUAUACCGCUGCCGAAACGUGGCGCUGCUUAGACUUCAAGUUGCGAAAACGAGAAAGAGCAGGGCUUGAGAGUGAAGUGGUCUUGAAUGGGGUGGUACAACCUCCGAGAAAGAUUCGAAAGGAGCUGCACCGCCAUGUUCCCAGCACGAGAGCCUACCCUGAAGAUGGACCAAGCCCUCAGAUGCCUCCCGAAAUCCAAGUCAGGACUCCUCUGGCCAUGUGUGGCAACAGCCCGCUUGAGCAACGGGGGUCGAUGUCCAUGAGCUUACCGACCCAUGUUGAGGCCUCUCUGAGCUGGAUUCUACCGUUUGCGACCAAACUGCCGACGUUCAGUGGUCUGAAAAUAUUGCAGGAAGCUUUCUUGUCAAGGGUCACGGAGAAUAGAUUCGAGCAAAUUGAAGGAUCUGCAUACCCUUCGAGCUGUACAGCAAAUCUCGAUCUCAUCCCCGCGACACACGAAAGUCAACUUAUACAACAUAGCUACUCUAGCCCAGAUGUGCCAGGCGAUCAUAUUGCCGUGUGGUGUAAAACAGGUGUCUUGCCAGACAGUACUUCGACGGAAUGGAACAUCAUUAGCCAGAGCCAUGCCAUCCUGUCGACCUUCGACAUGACUUCAGGUCUGAUGCCAAUUCGUGGUGUGAAAAAAUCAACACUGGAACACUAUCUCAUGUUCAGAAAAGUAUUCAUACUAAGUACCAGCAAACAGAUUCCCCCGAAUUCCGAGGUAUUGAAAAGUUUGCUGCCUCUACUCAAGAGUCCACUUAGCCAAGCCUUUCUUAAGGAGCUGGUUUCUAGGGACAAGAUUGCUGGUCAUGACUUUGUGGAAAAUCUUCUUCAUUCUGCAAUUUGUGCAAAAGAUCCAUCAAUCGUUGCGCCACUCUUGCGACUUGGAUGCGAUCCGAACCGGCAAGUCUUGGAUUCUAACGAACCGAAAUCUCUCCUACUAGUAGCAGCGGAAAUGGGAGAAUUGAGCGUUGUUGAAAUACUCGUUGAUGCAGGCGCUGAUGUCAACGGAAUGCCCUCGCCCCUGGUUGCCGCCGUUGACGGAGAAUUUCUGGACGUGGUGGAGUAUUUGCUUCGGUGUGGAAGUCAUGAUAACUGUCGGGUCCAAGUUCAACACCGUUGUUCUGCUCUGGUCGCGGCUGCCCGACUGGGCAAUCUCGAGAUGACAAGGCUUUUGUUGACCGCGCUCGCCCAUGAUGAUUAUCGACGACAGUUUCUGCAUGAAGCACUUCGCGACUUGAUCAUGUCGUCCGGCAUCAGAUCCGACCAAGAUGGACGUGAUGAAAUUCUAAAAAUGCUUCUCGCGGAUGGAGCUAAUCCGGAAUAUACCGUGUAUUGGGAGACGGUUGCUCGAUCAAAAUCUCGUGGAUUGUUUGACGAUGAGUCUGACGAUGAUUCUGACGAUGAUUCUGACGAUGAUUCUGGCGAUGAUUCUGGCGAAUCGUGCGAGACCCGAUACUGGACUGCUUUAGAAUAUUCGGCCAAACGCGGUCAUCUUGACUUUGUGGCAACACUGCUCGAAAAUGGUGCACACAUCAGUGAGAUGGCCAUCCUGGCCGCCAUUACGAACCGUCAUGCGGAAUUGGCUUGCUUCCUACUUGAAAAGAUGAAAUGUGGCAGCUUGAGUCAUCCGCACGGCUAUGAGAUGCUUCGAAAUGCCAUUGAUCACGUAGAUGCGGAACGAAACACAAACCUGGUGAGAGCACUACUGAAAGCAGGUGCAAAACCAAACAAGUUUCUCGGAGAAGACUGGGGUGUUGAAUCAGAUCGACAUAGCGACGAAGACUUCUCUGAUGAUCCUGUGGUAGCAGAGCUAUUGACCGCCAAGUACAGAAGUUCUGAAAGCUCGCUGCUGGCAAUUGCUGCUGAACACGGCCAUGCUGGGCUCCUCGACCUCUUGCUCUCAGCUGGGGCCUGGAUAAUCCCGCCACAGCAUCCUCAUUACACGUUUCCCAUUAAAGGUCCUACCAUACUUGAUCGAGGAGCCAAGAGCGGAAAGAUCGAGAUUCUUGAGCGGUUGAUAGAAGCCGGUGCAGAUAUUCCCUCCUCUAGAGAGGCUCUAGUUCACGUCAUCGAGAAGCUUCAAAAUCCUGAAAUAGUGUGGAGGCUCAUUCAAGGUGGAGUCGACGUGAACCGAUCCAUUGUGGAAAAAGCGUCCAGUAAGACCACGACACCCCUUCAAGCUGCUGUGCGGAUUCGGAACCCGGCCAUCACACAGAUGCUUCUCGACGCUGGUGCUAAACAGACCCUUGUGAAGCCAAUUACAAAGCACAAACUUCUUUAUGAAGCCCUUUGUGACGCUAUCAAAGCUCGGGAUCACGAUUUGAUCGAUAUGUUGUUGCAGUCAGGCGCAGACGUCAACAACCCUCCUGGAAAAAGAGACAACAACACAGCCCUUGAAGCUGCUGUUACAAUGGAGGAUUUGAACUUGGUAUUGAAGCUCUUACAACUGGGUUCUGAUCCUAACGACUCGCGGGCGCUGUUGGCGGCGGCGAUGCCCAACUGUCCUGCUGCGUUUAUGGAAGCCCUGCUCAGUUGGCCAGUGUGCGCACCGCGUAGUGCUCAUUAUGGAUGUGCUGCUCUCCAAAUUGCCAUUCGAACACAAGACUAUACCAAAGUACAAAGGCUUCUCCAGGCUGGUGUCAGAUGUGAUGAACACGCACCUAAGAGCGAGUCCUCCUUCCAGACGAAAAGAGGCGAACACUUCUCGAUUUCCACGGAUUUGACUGCGCUGGGUUCUGCAUUGAAGUUCGAUCAGGGCCAAUGUGGGCCUAUCCUGCGCAUUAUCUUUGCUGCGGGAACGGAUCCCAAUGCCCUCGUUGAUUAUGACCACUAUCGCCGAUGCAAUGGUCUUCAAUUCGCUGUGGCUGAAAACAGAUGCGACCUAGCACACUUUAUGAUAGCUGGCGGGGCGGACGUCAAUUUCAAGGAUUCCACCGGCUUUUCUCGCUUCUCUGACCUACCGAUUUGCAUCGCAGUCGCCGAAGGACACAUUGAAAUGGUGAAAUUUCUGCUCAGUAACGGUGCACAUGUUGACGCUAAAGACAGAUGGGAAGCCGCACUGUUAACUCGGGCAGCAUCACUUGCGAACAUUACCCUCGUUCAGACUCUCCUGGACGCUGGUGCAGCAGUAAACGCCAACGGCUCUGAUCGUAUAUGUCCGGCAUUGGAAGCGGCCGCAAUACGUGGUUCCACCGAGAUCUUACGACGUUUGGUGCAGGCUGGUGCGAAUGCUUCUGGAACAGACUCGGGGAACGCACUAUGUCACGCAGCGUAUCACGGACGCCUCGACACGGUCCACAUACUACUAGAAGCUGGUGCUGCCGUGAAUACCUCAGCAGAACAUCAUGAUAUUGUUCGUGGGUUCGACGAUGACGAAAUAUCUCGCGGAAAUAUGAGCGCGAUCCACUUCUGCGUUGUUGGAGGCUCCGUUCACAUAGCCGCCCUACUUGUCCGCUGGGGUGCAGAUGUCAAUACGCGGGCAAGUAUCUUGCCAGAUUGUAGUCGGCGUGAGCUUCGGUACAUGAGGCGAGAAGGAAGAUGGCUUGCGCCACUUUCACCGCUCGAGGAGGCAGCUUCCCGCGGUCAACUCGACAUGCUGCAGCUGUUGCUUGACUCUGGGGCAAGAACACAUGGUGACGGGGCGCGCCAGUACAGACGGGCGCUAGGUUACGCCCGACGGGGAUGCAAUCAUGCUGCCGUGGAACUCCUCAAGAAGCACCAUGCUGCGGAAGGUGAGGUGAGACCCCCGGACGGAUUCGGCGACGUGAAUGGGCUUCAGGGGGAAUCCGAAGACUUUCCAUGGGCGUAG